GCUUUUGAACAAGACGCAAAUGGGGAGAAGAAUAACUCCAGAUCAUGAAGAGAUGCGAUAUGAUCCUGGUAGUAAAGAUGUUGACUUGGAGAGUGGACGACAAUCUCCCCAGAUCAAGAUAGGGGAAAGUAGGCCUAGUACAGCGAGCUCUACUGUGACGUACAAUUCGGAGGAUUUCCGCCAUCCACCGAACGCCGUUGAAAUCGAUCCAAAGCAUAAACCUGCCGUUAAAGUCUUUGGUAGAGUCGGGUUCGUUGCGAAAUCGAUCAUCUACGGUGUAUUAGGAGGACUCCUGAUCAGAAACGCCGCGGGUGGUGGGGAAGAUUCGUCACCACAGGGGGUCUUUGUCCUAGUCGGCGACAACGCUGUCGGAAUUCCCUUAUUGGUUGUCCUCGCCGUCGCCCUCGUAUUUUACUGCAUCUGGAGAUUCUGGGAGGCAUUCCAAGGUCAAGGAUCGGAUGCUACGUUCUCGCAAAAAAAGAAUUUCUUCAAGUACCGAGUCUCGCCAUUUGUUUCUGGUGCUGUGUAUACUGCCUACACGUACUAUGUCAUACGAACAAUCUUCACAACUCGUAGCCAGAGAGAUGCACAACAGGGAACAGAAAUAACUCAAAGUUCCUUUCCAGACAGCUGGGCGUCUUCCGGUUCACUGGGGAAAUUUGGCGUCUGCUUCUUUGGCCUUGUCUUUCUUUUAGCCACCUUCAUACAGUUCCAAGUUGCAUAUACGGGGAGCUUUAAGCGGGACUUGUAUCAGAACAAACUGGAGAACAAAUGGAUUAGACGGCUGAUUCACGGACUAGGCCACAUUGGGUUCACCGCAAGAGGUCUUGUGUUCUUGCUAGUUGCCAUCCUCAUGUUCCGGAGUGCCGCAGGUGGGGACGGAGCGAGUGCAGAUAAAAAUCACAGUGUCACAGGCAAGGCUGUGGAAACCCUUACGGGUAACUGGUGGGGUAGGACAAUUUUAGUGCUGCUGGGAGUCGGGUUACUACUAUAUGCUCUUUUCGCAUUGACAAAUGUGUACUAUAAGAUCUUUCCGACACCACCACCAUCUCGAAAGCCUGCCGUCUCUGAUGAACCGCAAGAAGGGCCGGAGACAUCGGAAGCACAUCACUAACCCGCAAUUUUGUGAAAAAAAAGAAUUUUAUCUAUUUUUUGGUUUAGUAAUCGUAGUUACAGAAGUGUAUCAUUAUUCACAUGAUGUGUAUGAAAGACAUUUAAAUUUAUAAAGCGACAUUUGAAAGUG